AUGGCACCCCCCCACGUCCCUCCCCCUCCUCCCCCCCAAGCCCCCACCCCAUCCACAACCCCAUCCAACCCCCCCUCUUCCUCCCUCCCACCCACCGACGGCCAGGCGUGCCGGUGCGUCGAGCCUCCACCCCCACCCCCUCGCCUCAACCUCUCCCGCUGGCUCGCAGCGCAGUGCAAAGAGCGGGGCGUCGUGGUUCCGCGCGGAGACGGGGGGGAGUUUGUGCGGUGGCUCGUGGGGCAGGGGCGCCAGGACAGGGAGUAUGUGCGGUGGCUCGCGGCGCGGGAGCGCGGCGGUGAAGGUAAAGGUAAAGGGGAGCGCGUCGACCUCUCGCGCUGGCUCGCGGAGCAGUGUCGGGAGCGGGGGGUUAUGGUUCCGAGGGAGGGGGAAGACGAGGAAGAUGAUGAUGACGAUGAAGGAGAUGAGGAUUAUGAGGAUGAUGAGGAGGACGAUGAUGAUGACGAAGACGACGACGACGACGAUGAAGACGACGAUGGUGGACAUGAACACGAAUACAGAUGUCACAAUUGUCUCAUGACCGAGUUGCAAGAACUGUGCCAAGACGAAGAUCUAGACGACGUGUGGAGCUACAUCGUUAAAAAAGAAGAAGAGAAGGCGUCUGAAACAGUAGAUGCCUAA